UCGCUGAUCACGUUACCGAAGACUAUGACUUAAUAAGACAGGAUACUAUGGAAGCCAAUAUUUUCAAAUGACGAGUUUGACAAGUCUAAAAACUACAAUGCUCAUGUUCCAACUUUUCGAAAAACGGGCAAGCACAGCGCACCUUUUACAUGAAGGAAACGUGCGCCAAGUUCAGUUCUUGUACUGAGUAGUGGAUAUAAUCUUAACAAAGCCACCAUACCUACAACUACAUGGAAGGUAUAACCUCUUUCGACGUAAAAUCGCUAAGGAAGGUAAAGACGAGCGUCAGGACUGCAGACGGCCGCCAGUUCGUCGAGGCGCGUGACUCCAAAGGAGAGCCGCGUAUCGUGUCAGAGCCUCGUUUUGACGGCUCAAUUGGUUUUGUGCCUGACCUUAAACCAGAUCUUCAGGUGGGUGAGGUGAUCCCCGGACUUCACAUAGGUUCCCAGGACGCCGCUGCCGACUGGUGUCUGCUCCAGUCACUGGCUGUGACACAUGUCGUGAACGCGGUCGCCUCGACAGUGCCCAACUUCCACGAAGACCGUGGCCUGGCUUACCUGGCUCUGGAACUGCUGGACCUUCCGGACUUCACACUGACACGUGACACCAUCGAUAAAAUGUGCGACUUCGUCGAUGAAGCGCUGUCAUCUGGUGGAUCUGUGCUUGUGCACUGCAACGCAGGCGUGUCCAGGUCGUGCGCCCUCGUGCUGGCGUUCCUGAUACUGCGUCGUGGAAUGGAUCUUCACGAGGCCCUAGAGAAGACGCGCACCGCGAGGCCUGUCGUUCGCCCCAACGAAGGCUUCCUCAGGCAGCUAAAGGAGCUGCGGCAGAAAAGCCUGCGGUCUUCAACUCAGCCACCGUCGUCCUGAUGUGUCCCCUCUCUUACGUAGAAGACAGAGGGAAGAAGGCGACACGUGUGCAUGUUGUGAAGGACGUAUUAGUUGGUACGAUAUAGUGCCUUGAACGCUGCUUGUGAAAUAGUAAAACUGGGAGACAGCCCUAUAUUACCGUGCUGAGAUUGAAUGAAAACAACAUGUGUUAUAACAUCGGACAGUCAACACUAAGCAACAAUAGCAAUUAUUCAGUCAUAUUUAGCCGACGUUAGCCUGCAUCAGCUAGCCUGCAUUAUCUACAAUAUAUCUUACACAAGCAAGUGCCAACCAGCGCUUGUAGUAUGCAGAUAAAUGAUGUAGUUGAUGUCAUGUGACUUAGUGAGACACUCAGACUACAUUGCCUUCGAGAUCGGCUCAUAUGUGUUGCGUCAGAAAGCGGACAUCUUUACCGUGUUAUAGAGUGCGGCUGCAAAAUGCCAGGGAAGACAUCGUCUUCAAAAAUAGAGCUUACGUCAUCUGCUGGCAGUCGCUGUGUGUAAGUACGUCCGGGUUUCAGCUACAGCUCACGCCUAUCUUCCAGUGGCACGGUACAGGUGAGAGUGAGGUGCAUAACGCCGCGGGGCAGCAUUGUGACCGAUAUUUUUAGGGCACUGCUUACGUAGAAACAGGGGAUGUAUACAGGAACCCUU